UUGACGCCCGGGUUUCGGCGGGCAGGCCCCAGCACGAGCACGUCAACCGCACUGACUUGGGGCACGCCGUUGUCUGCGCCACCAACAAAGCUCAAGCCUGGCAUGGCGUAUACGUGGAUGUGGUGGCGCCCAUUGACGUUCACGAUGGUGACCAUGAGGUCCUUGGUGCUGGCAGCUUCGCCAAAGGUGUCCGUGGCGGCACGAACGAUCUCGGCGGGCAGCGCGUCGCCUUGGGAUGCGUCCAGUGCAAGCCGCGCGCGAUGAAACGGCCACAUGCACACACGCCCAUGGCGCAUGCGGAGGCACGUGUACUCUCCGCCCGACUCGAUCCGAAAGCUUGUGAGGAACUCCUUGGGCGUCAUUCUCCUCGUGUUGCAAUCUCCAUCAAGACACUAUUUCAGUGCAUAAACACUAUUGGAAACUCAUUCUGGCCGUUCUAAAGAUAGUUUACGUACAGUAAAUCGGAACGUAUGCGAAAUAUAGUGUAUUGACGAGAAAUCGAAUGCGUGGAUUGGCUAAAAAUAUACAAAGAUUGCCCAUCAUAGCAUGGGUUUCACUUGGCAGUUGGCAGAAUGGAGGCCGCAGCAGCGAUCGACGACGUGCUUGCGAUGGCCAUGACGCGCCAAGAGAGUUGCAUCGAGAUUCGCAUCAAGACGCUCAAUGACCACAGCUUUGCGCUGCAGGUCCGUCCCGCCAUCGCGGUGAGCGAGCUCAAGGAGAUGCUGCGGACGACGACGCAAGUCCCCGAGCACCGCCAGCGGCUCAUCUACCGAGGCAAGCUCAUGAAAGACGCCGAUCAGCUCGCCGCAUACAACGUGGAAGAUGGGCAUACACUACAUCUCGUGGCCAAGCCCGAGCAGAUCUACAGCGCCGACGGUACAAGCGCGUCCGAGACCGAGCCGCUUCUGCCUCCCGCGCGCAGUGUCUUGCGCCCGCAGCUGCGCCCUCGGCAGUCGCGUCUCGACUCGGCGGCAGCCUUUGCCUCGAUGCGCCGGCGGCUCGGCCUCGACGAAGAUGGCUCGUUGCUCUCAGACGCGCUCAACUUCAGACAACCUCGACCUACCGCGCCGGUGCCCAGCGACGCCGAGAGGGCCUUGGAUUUGACAUCUGAGCCCGAGUCAGAAGCCAGACCUCCAGCCGUCGUUCAUGAUCCUUUCGAGCACAUUGAGCAAGGACUGUUAACGCUCCGCACUCUGUUGUCGACAGUGACGUCGGCGACGCCCACCGAGACCACGAGUGCGGAGCGGGGUGCCACAUUGCGUGCACGCCGCCUCUUUUACGUCGGUCAAUGGCUCGAUGUCAAGGACACAGUCAACCAAUGGCUUGAAGGCACGGUACUGGAGCUCAGUGCGACACACGUCCGCGUACACUACCACGGGUGGCCGACGCGCUGGGACGAGUGGAUCGAGAAGAUCUCGCCGCGCCUCGCUGCCUUCCGGACUCGGACGCUGCAUCCGACAGGGUCGCCCUUCUUGAGCCCGACGCCUAUUGUGCGCUCGGCGCGGUCGACUCCACCGCCGACCGCCCGCUCGCUUGUGCCGCAGAUCCGCGAUGCGCUUCGAGACAUGCUACCGUACGUCGAUCAACUUGCUACGCUCUGUGACGAGCCCGACGCGACGCCUGCACUCACAGAAGCCGCGGACGUGGUUGGCUCCCUCUUUGACCGUGUCGGCCGCGUCCUCGUCGACGCCGCCACGCAUAUCGAAAGCCUCACAACGCCCCACCACGUCAGCAACGACGCGUACGGUUCGCCUCGCAGCGCGUCGCGCCGGGGCCCCACGUCGUACGACUCGACGUUCCGAGAGCUCAUUGUAGGUAUGGGCGCUUUGCACGGGCGUGAUAUCUUGUGUAUGGCGUGUGUAGGCUGUGAGCACCCCGCUUGUCGAGCCACAAGCGCCACGCCGCAACUUUGAUGUCCACAUCCACGCGAUCUUGGCGCCGCCACCAAUGCCGCCGUCACUUUUCGACCACCCAGAUCUGGUCGAGUCUGAGGCGCGAUGGCGCGAGCUCACAGAGCGCAUGCAAGCGUCGCUGCAGCGGUCGCUGCUCUCGCCUGGCAUUGAAACGUCCAUGCCCUUCAUGGAGACGCCGUCACUUCUAGGUCCACGCCGACGCCCGGUUCCGCUUCCCGAGAUGACGACGACCAGUCGCCACCCGGUGCCGUCGUUUCUGAACGUCCUACAGCGGACAAUGCCACCGCUGCGCCCCGUGAUGCGCGACGCAGAAGCAGCGAUUGCGCGUGCCUUCUUUGACGAGCUUCCACUCGCGCCGUCCGAGUCGUCGUCGCCAUAACUCGAUUUGUAGUGAUUAGUCUAACGUGGCGUCUGGCUCGAGCAAGAGCGCCUCUGGCUAUGAAAAAGACUUUGUGUUGCUACAA